AUGGAAAACGCCGGGCGCCCCGCUGCCGAGAUCUCCGCGCGUGCCUGGAACCAAGAACCGAUCGACAUUCGUCACACAGACACUGCCAUGCAAGCAGACGGGGAUGCAUCCACUUGGACCCUCGCAGAAUUCUUCCGCAUGCUGCGCGGAGACGCGGUGGAACCCAGGCUCGAGGCGGUCGAGCGUCGCGAAGCCGAGGAGCUGGCUCUGGGCCUCCUCUGGCGCGGCGCCGACUGCCUCGAGCACUGCGAUGAAGAUAUGACGGUGGCCGAACACAUCGCCACCAACCCCAAGGCGGGCUCGGGCGAAGCGGUCCAGCUACGAGGCCAGUUAGGCGAGCCCUGUGCGGCCCGUCACACUCAGCGGGCCGGCGAGGCCAAGCCCAACGAAGUCCGCGUCCUCGCCGCCAUUGAUCCUGGCGAGCACGCCAGUUUCACGCUGGCCGAGGCCACCGGUCGCUACAUUGCUGUGCUACGGUGUUUCUAUAAUGAGGCCCGGAAGUUCACCGCCUGGGCCAAGGAGCGCCUGCUCGCCGUGGUGCCACAAGGAGUGCGCGUGACCUGGGCCGACCGGCAAUGGGCAGACGACAUGUCCGGGGCAUGGACGUUGAGUCCUCCCCCUCACCGCGCAGAUCUGGUGGCGCCCGAUCCAGUAAAGCGUCGUCGAAAACGCGUAUUCCGCUUACGCGUGCAGCUUGCACACAGGGCCUGGGCUGCCACGCUUGGCCCGAAAGAGCACAGAGUCAACCUGCAAGAAGCGGGGACUGAGGUCGACUGA